AUGCGAUUGUCCUGCCGCCCCCGGGCCGACCCCGCGGCCUCUUCCCCUCGCGCGGAGGGCGGGAAAGGGGGGUUUCUCGUCUUCUUCUCCGCCGCCCCGGCGCUGACGAUUCGCGAGGUUCAGGAUGCUCGCGAGAAGGCCCUGGCGAAGGCCGCGGCGGCGAUGUUGGUGGUCUCGCCGGGCCGCAUCUCGCCCGUCGUGCGGCGCGGGGUGCAGGAGUUGGGCGGCCGCUUCGUCCCCGGGACGGCGGCCGCGCUGCUGAAAAUUCAGGUCUUUGACGAGGCGGCGCUGGGGUUUAACAUCACGCGGCACGCGAGCGUCCCCCGGCAUGAGGUGCUCUCGGCGGAGGAGGCCGCGGCGUUUCUGGCCGAGCGCAAACUGGGCCUCUCGCAGCUGCCGCGGGUCUUGGAAAGCGAUCCGGUGGUGCAGUACUUCGGGAUCGCCCGAGGGGCGAUCGUGCGGAUCCUCCGAACGAGCAAGGAGACCGGGCCCUACGUGAUGUACCGCCAGGUCGUCUGA